AUGGCGAGAGGGGCAGUGGUCACGUACCUACAUGGAGUCCUUCUCCUGUCUCUGUGGAAACCCUCGCUGGAAGGAGGUAUAUACAUACCUGCUGGAGGAGCAGGAGGAGCAGGUGUGGGAGCUGGUAUCAGUCCUGGAACAGGAUUUGGACCAGGUGGAACUGGAACAGGAUUCGGUCCUGGAGGAGUUGCACCAGGAGCAGGUGGAGCUGGUGCUGGCCUAGGAGGUUUUGGACCUGGGGCUGGAGGAGGAGGCUAUGGAGGUCAGGGACCAGGUGGAGUUGGACCAGGUGGAGUAGGACCAGGAGGAGUUGGGCCUGGAGGAGUCGGACCAGGACUUGGACCAGGAGGUGUUGGACCUGGAGGAGUCGGACCAGGUGGAGUUAGACCAGGCGGAGUAGGACCAGGAGGAUUUGGACCAGGUGGGGUAGGACCAGGAGGAGUCGUACCUGGAGGAGUUGGACCAGGAGGAGUCGGACCUGGAGGAGUUGGACCUGGAGGAGUCGGACCUGGAGGAAUUGGACCAGGAGGAGUUGGACAGGGAGGUUUUGGGCCUGGCACCUAUGGCCCAGGUGGAAAACCUCCAAAAACAGGUGGCUAUGGCAGUCGUGGAGGUUUAGGAGGACUUGGACAAGGUGGUGUUAGGCCUGGUGGCUUUGGUCCUGGAGGUGUCGGCCCUGGUGGUGUUGGUCCUGGCGGUGUCGGCCCCGGUGGUGUUGGUCCAGGUGGAGUUGGUCCCGGCGGAGUCGGUCCUGGCGGUUUUGGUCCAGGCGGUGUCGGUCCAGGUGGUGUUGGUCCAGGCGGUUUUGGUCCAGGUGGUAUCGGUCCAGGUGGUGUCAGUCCAGGUGGUGUCGGUCCAGGUGGUUUGGGUCCAGGUGGUGUCGGACCUGGUGGUGUCGGUCCAGGCGGUGUCGGCCCAGGUGGUGUUGGUCCAGGUCGCACUGGCCUGGGAGCAGGAACUGGUGGAAAACCUAGAAAAACAGGCUAUGGAGGCAUUGGAGCAGGAGGUUUUGGAGCAGGAACUCUUGGAGCGGGGGGCCUCGGCACUGGCACAGGUCAGGGAGGGCUUGGAGUUGGACCAGGUGGUUAUGGAGGCUACGGACGUGGUUAUGGACCAGGUGGUGUUGGUCCUAAGCCCCCUAAAACAGGACGAACAGGCUACGGACCUGGUGGUGCAGGAGUUGGGCCUGGUGGCACAGGAUUUGGCCUAGGCGGAACAGGAUUUGGGCCUGGAGGUGCAGGAGUUGGUCCUGGUGGUGCUGGAAUUGGACCUGGAGGAACAGGAUUUGGGCCUGGUGGAGCAGGAGUCGGGCCUGGUGGUGCAGGAGUUGGUCCUGGCGGUGCAGGAAUCGGUCCCGGAGGAACAGGAUUUGGGCCUGGUGGUGCAGGAGUUGGACCUGGUGGUGCAGGAUUCGGACCUGGUGGUGCAGGAGUCGGACCUGGUGGUGCAGGAUUCGGACCUGGUGGUGCAGGAGUCGGACCUGGCGGGGCAGGAGUCGGUCCUGGAGGAACAGGAUUUGGGCCUGGUGGUGCAGGAGUCGGACCUGGAGGAACAGGAUUUGGGCCUGGUGGUGCAGGAGUCGGACCUGGUGGUGCAGGAGUUGGACCUGGAGGAACAGGAUUUGGGCCUGGUGGUGCAGGAGUUGGGCCUGGAGGAACAGGAAUCGGUCCUGGAGGAACAGGUUUUGGGCCUGGUGGUGCAGGAGUUGGGCCUGGUGGCUUUGGCCCUGGAGGAGCAGCAGUGCCUGCAGGAGGCCCAACACUGCCACAGACCGGUACAACAGGAGGAGGACCCGGAGGAAAGACUGCAGCCAAAAAAGCAUCCAAACAAGUUCCAGGAAUUGGGAUGCCAGGUCUCUAUCAAGGUGGAUUUGUACCAGGCCAAGGUUUUGGAGGCCGUGGUGUUCUCCCUGGAGUAGCCACAGGAAAUGGACUUGGGCCCCAGACUGGGUCUGGAGUCCUGGGCCAGGGGGGUGUUGGACAAGGAGCAACCAAUGGCCGAGGACAACAGUUGCCUGGGGUCUUUCGUGGUUACCCUCUCAUUUCACCAAAAGCAGGAUCAGGCAAAUCCAAAAACCCAGCUAAAGCUGCAGCAAAAUAUGCCGCAAAAUAUGGUGGAGCUGGAGCUGGAGGAGGUACACUUGGUCAAGGAGGUGCUUUAGGUGGUGGCCCUGGAGCUGUACCUGGAUUUGGAGGUGGAGCCGGAACAGGUGGUGGCCCCGGAGCUGUACCUGGGUUUGGAGGUGGAGCCGGAACAGGCGGCGGCCCUGGAGCUGUACCUGGAUUUGGAGGUGGAGUCGGAACAGGUGGUGGCCCCGGAGCUGUACCUGGGUUUGGAGGUGGAGCCGGAACAGGUGGCGGCCCUGGAGCUGUACCCGGAUUUGGAGGUGGAGCCGGAAUAGGUGGUGGCCCCGGAGCUGUACCCGGGUUUGGAGGUGGAGCCGGAACAGGCGGUGGCCCUGGAGCUGUACCCGGGGUUGGAGGUUAUGGUCCAGGCUCAGCCAAAGCAAGAAAAUAUGGUCAGCCAGGAGGAGCUGGAACUGGUGUAGCUGGAGGCCUUGGAGGAAGAGGACCAGGAGGAGUUGGACCCGGCGGUGCAGGUACUGGCUUUGGACCAGCAGGCGUUGGGCCUGGAGGUGCUGGUACAGGCUUUGGACCAGGUGGAGUUGGUCCCGGAGGUGCUGGUACAGGCUUUGGACCAGGAGGAGUUGGGCCUGGCGGCGCAGGUACUGGCUUUGGACCAGGAGGAGUUGGGCCUGGUGGUGCUGGUACAGGCUUUGGACCAGGUGGAGGAGUUGGACCCGGCGGUGCUGGUACAGGCUUUGGACCAGGUGGAGGAGUUGGGCCAGGCGGUGUUGGUACAGGCUUUGGACCAGGUAGAACAGGGUAUGGGCCAGGUGGAGCUGGAACAGGGCCUGGAGGAUAUGAUGCCAGUGCCAAAGCCCGUAAAUAUGGCAUGUUGAGUGGAGGUGCAGGUAGAGCUGGGCCUGGUGGAGCCGCUACUGGCUUUGGUCCAGGUGGAGGAGUUGGUCCUGGUGGUGCAGGUACUGGCUUUGGGCCAGGUGGAGGAGUUGGACCCGGCGGUGCUGGUACAGGCUUUGGACCCGGUGGAGUUGUACCCGGCGGUGCUGGUACUGGCUUUGGACCAGGUGGAGUUGGGCCCGGCGGUGCUGGUACAGGCUUUGGACCAGGUGGAGUUGGGCCUGGCGGUGCUGGUACAGGGUUUGGACCAGGUGGAGGAGUUGGGCCUGGCGGUGCUGGUACAGGGUUUGGACCAGGUGGAGUUGGGCCCGGUGGUGCUGGUACAGGCUUUGGACCAGGUGGAGUUGGGCCUGGCGGUGCUGGUACAGGGUUUGGACCAGGUGGAGGAGUUGGGCCUGGCGGUGCUGGUACAGGGUUUGGACCAGGUGGAGGAGUUGGACCCGGCGGUACUGGUUAUGGACCUGGAGGUUACGCUGGUGCCAAAGCUCGUAAAUAUGGUCUACCUAGUGGAACUGGGGGUGCCCUGGGUACAGGAGGACUUGGUACUGGAGCUGGGCCUGGUUCUGGUCUAGGAGUUGGAGGAGGGUUCCCAGGACGAGGUGUUGGUGUAACCACUGGUGGUGGAACUGGAGCAGGCCUGGGGACCGGUGGACCUGGCUCUGGUGGUGUUGUCACAGGAGGUGGACCUGGUGGCUUUGGACCGGGUGGUUUUGGACCGGGUGGUUUUGGACCGGGGGGCACUGGAGCAGCAGGUGGCUACGGCCCAGGGACUGGAGGAGCAGGAUAUGGGCCUGGUGGAUUUGGCCCUGGAACGGGUUAUGGACCAGGUGGAGGCUAUGGUGCAGGACCAGGGGGAUAUGGACCAGGCUAUGGAACAGGAUUUAAACCUGCUAAAUAUGGUCAAGGUGGAGUACUUGGAGGUGGAGCUGGACGCGGUGGUUAUGGUGCAACAGCUGGAUCUAAAGCUGCUAAAUAUGGACAGGUUGGAGGAGUUGUACCGGGUACAGGUGUAGGGACUGGCGUCACAGGAGCUGGUACUGGGAAUGGCACUGGGGUCUCAGUCAAUGGUACCAGCACAGGUAGUGCUGCAGGGACAACAGGUGGACCCAGUGGAGGAGGACUUGGACCUGCAGGAAGCACACCAUCACCAGGAGCAGGAGGUGGCCCCAGUACUGGACAAGGAAGAGAUGGAAAAGACAGUGAUGGAGGUGAGGCUGGUGCUGGCGGUGUGAUUGAGGGAUCUGGAAGUUCUGGAGGAGAAGGUACAGGUGUUUCUGGGAGACCUGCAGGCACAGGAGGUGAUGGCGCAACUGGAACAGGAAUCCCCAUCAUUGGAGCAAAGCCAGGUCUCACUGGGACUGCCGUUCCAGGCUCCACAGGUCAAACUCCUGCUGUCACUGGUGUACCUGUGCCUGAGCUUGGUGGUGGAGCUGUUCUACCAAGUGCUGGGACUGGUCUUGGGUCCGACGGUAAUGACACAAGUACUACACUACCUGGAGCCAAACCCCUCAAACCUCCAGGUGUCCCUAGAGGAGACACACCUGGUGAAGGAGAUGGAGAGGGAGGUCCUGAUGGAGAGAGAGAUGCUAUUGCAGGAGUAGCAGGAGGACGUCCUUCCACUGCAGGAGGUGCAGAAGGAGUUUCAGGUGGUGUAACAGGAGGAAGAGGAGACACUCCUGCGACUGGAACUGGAGUUGGACCAGGAGGUGUUGCUGGUGGAGCUGGAGGAACGUCAACACCACCUGGAGCAGGAGGUCCUGGAGGAGUUGGAGGAGGUCCUGGUGGCACUGGAGGAGGUGCUGGAGGAGUUGGAGGUGGUCCUGGUGCAACUGGAGGAGGUCCUGGAGGAGUUGGAGGUGGUCCUGGUGGUGUUGGAGGAGGUACAGGAGGAGCUGGAGGAGGUCCUGGUGGAGUUGGAUCAGGAAUCACUAAACCUGGGAAAAGCUAUGGUGCUGGUGGCAUUGGCAUUUUACCUGGUGGAGGCAUACGUUACCCAACCGGAGCUGGAGUAGGACAAGGAGCAGGAAAAUCAGGCAAAGCAUAUGGGUCUCUUGGAGUUGGAGGUCAGGGUGGAGUGAGGCCUGGUGGUUAUGGAGCGGGUCUGGGUAGCUAUGGCACAGGUCCUGGAGGUUAUGGGACUGGCCCAGGUGGUUAUGGUGCAGGGCCAGGGGGCUACGGAACUGGACCUGGUGGUGUUGGCGGAGGAGCCGGUGGUGGCCCAGGUGGAGUAGGCAGUGGGCUUGGUGGAUACGGUGGUGGUCUGGGUCCUGGUGGCUCAAGAUAUGGUACUGGAACUGGCAAACCACCAAAAAGAUAUGGGGUUGGGCCCGGUGGUUUCGGGACUGGACUUGGUGGGGUUGGGCCUAGGCCAGGAGGUUUUGGACCUGGUGGUGCUGGAACAGGACCAGGGGGUGCUGGAACAGGACCUGGAGGCUUUGGGCCAGGAGGUGCAGGAACAGGACCUGGAGGCUUUGGACUAGGAGGUGCUGGAACAGGACCUGGAGGCUUUGGACUAGGAGGUGCUGGAACAGGACCAGGUGGUGCAGGAACAGGACCAGGAGGCUUUGGACCAGGAGGUGCUGGAACAGGACCAGGUGGUGCAGGAACAGGACCAGGAGGCUUUGGACCAGGUGGUGCUGGAACAGGACCAGGAGGCUUUGGACCAGGUGGUGCUGGAACAGGACCAGGAGGCUUUGGACCAGGUGGUGCAGGAACAGGACCAGGAGGCUUCGGACCAGGAGGUGCAGGAACAGGACCUGGAGGCUUUGGACGAGGUGGGGCUGGAACAGGACCUGGAGGCUUUGGACCAGGUGGGACUGGAACAGGACCAGGAGGCUUUGGACCAGGUGGUCAAGGAUUAGGAAGAAAGCCACCUAAACCAGGUUAUGGCUCAUCCUCAUUAGGUGGAGCUGGCUAUGGACAAGGUGUUGGACCUGGCAGAUUUGGACCUGGUGGUGCUGGAACAGGACCUGGAGGCUUUGGACCAGGUGGCGCCGGUACAGGACCAGGAGGCUUUGGACCAGGUGGUGCUGGAACAGGACCUGGGGGAGCAGGAACAGGACCAGGUGGUGCUGGAAUAGGACCAGGAGGCUUUGGACCAGGUGGUGCUGGAACAGGACCAGGAGGCUUUGGACCAGGGGGUGCCGGAACAGGACUAGGAGGCUUUGGACCAGGUGGUGCUGGAACAGGACCAGGAGGCUUUGGACCUGGUGGUGCCGGAACAGGGACAAGAAAACCUUCUAAAACUGGUUAUGGAGGAACUGGAUAUGGCACAGCAGGAGGAUUAGGAGGAGGUGCAGGACCUGGUGCUGGAGCUGGAGGAUACGGUCCAGGUGGUGUUGGAGCUGGAGGAUAUGGCCCAGGUGGUGCUGGAGCUGGAGCUGGAGGAUACGGUCCAGGUGGUGCUGGAACUGGAGGACAAGGUCCAGGUGGUGCUGGAGGAUAUGGUCCAGGUGGAACUGGAACUGGUGCAGGCCCAGGUGGGUUUGGACCUGGAGGUGCUGGACCUGGCGGCUAUGGCCCAGGAGGUGCUGGCACUGGGCCCGGAGGUUUUAGACCAGGUGGGACUGGUGGAUUUGGACCUGGAGGCCAAGGGCUAGGGACAAGGAAGCCUUCUAAAUCAGGUUAUGGCUCAACGCUGGGUGGAACUGGCUACGGACCAGGUGGAGGAGCAGUAGGGGGUCCUGGUGCAGGAGCAGGGGGUGUUACUGGAGGAGGCCCUGGUGGUGCAGGAGUAGGUGCAGGAGGGGUGGGAGUUCCUGCAGGAGGAGGCCAGACCAUAGGAGGAGGGCCAGGGGGAGUAGGUCCAGGCUUUGGUGGGGGGGCAGGUGGAGGCUACCCAGGAUAUGCAGGAGCCGGGCAAAAAUCUAAGGCACAGAAAGCGGCUAAAUAUGCAGCCUUGCAGGCCUUACUGGGAGCUGGAGGCUACAGAGGCGUUGGCUGCCAGGGUAAAUACUGUGGUCGAAGGAGGAAGUGAAAGACCAUCACACAGGAAGUGACCUCAUUAAAUAACAUUGGUGCUAUAGCAUGAUCCCAGAUUGUACAUGUCUUACUUGCCAAUGAAGCUAAAGCUUCAACACGUUCCACAUGUUACACAGGUUUCUCUUUAAAAAAGAGCAUUGGUUUUGAACCUGCAUAAAAUAAAGCAAGGCCUUUGCAGUAAGCAGCAUACACACAGGGGUGAAGAUGUUCUCUUCAGUUUAUAUUGUCAUCAAUUAAUCCAGUCAAGUAAUGUUUUACAAGGAAAGUAAAAGGUUACAGCUAUGAUUGUAAUGUCCCUCCAUAGAGUAAAUCACGUUGUACUAUCCUACAGCUUUGUGUUUGUUGUGUUUAACAUAAUUUUACUGGCUUUUGAGCAUGAAUCCUCUAAGAAGCAUUGAUUGAUAACAAGGAAUCCCUUUAGGGAAUCUCCUUCAGACCUGUCUGUGUGCUGAUACAAUGCUGAAAAAAACUGUCAAGGUUAUACUUUUAGCACCGUGUUGUCCUUUUUUUUUAAUUCACUGUUUUUAGCUUUUAUGUUUCAAGUGUAAACAUUGUGAACAGGCAAAGAAAUGGACAGCUGCUAUUUUGGGCAACUGUGAACAACAAGGACUCUUGGGUGAAUAUUUGUGUGAAGUAGUGUUUGGACUAGUCAUUAUCUGAUCCAUGAAAAGCAGUGUUCAUUCCAAAUGCACUCAGGUCGCAGCGUCACCACCCGUCGGGGAUCAAGGUCUUCAGUUGUUUUGUUUUACUCCAUUCACUAACCUAAAGGCACUGUCUGAUUGUCAAGCAUAUUUCUUUUUAUUGUUAAGAGUGUUACAGAAAUGCAUUUGUUAUGAGAAUAACACGUGGAGGAGAUUUGGCUUUUACAUUCAAUCUAAAUGUGAGGUAAUACAGUUAUAUUUCAUAAUGGCACAUUAAAAUAACAUCUGAGGACCAGUCCUUACAGUGUUUUCUGUUUUUAAUGUGCUUCUUUUGACACUGUUAAAAAUUGUUUGUAGAAGUUAAAUUAUAAAAAGCAUAAAAAAUGCUUUAUCUAUUUAGUCUCAUUUUACAAAUGCAUCAAUAGAUUAUUAAGUAUUUUUGUGUUAUUUUGUGUGUGAGAGAGAGUUUCAACAGUUACCGUAAUAAAUAAGUGCUUGUUUUCUAAAUUGUCCUUGAAUGUGUGCUGAGGCACAGUGCUGUAGUUUGUUAUGUUAUUGGGUUAAAAAGUGUAACUGAGUUUUAUCUUGUAUUUGUGUCUUGUACCUUAACAAUUGUUUUUAACAUCUGUGUUUUUAUGUGGCUUAUGAAGGAAACAACGCACUUUUUGUACACUUUCAGAUGAUCCUCUCUAAAAUAAAGAAACAAAGAC